CGAUUUGUCAUUUUGAAGUUUGAGGUUAACCAACUUAGAAAGGAAAAUAAAAAGGAUUUCCUCCCAAUUUUUUAAUUUGUCUAGUGAAUGUUCAAGAAAACAUUGGGCAGCAUAAGCAUUUUUUGAUCUACGUAAAAUGACCUCCGUAAAUCCAGAUAUAUUGAAAAAAUUCAAAAAUGCUACAAAGUUACCUGCAAGACAAGAAGCAGAUGGACAUGAAAUUCCAGUUGAAGUACGAGAGGAUGAAGAGCAAUCUGUAAAAGCUCAAGAAAUCAUUGACAUACUGGUAGCUGCAGGAUACUUUCGUGCAAAGAUCAAAGGCCUUUCUCCAUUUGAUAAAGUAGUUGGAGGAAUGACUUGGUGUAUAGAAUUGUGUAAUGUAGACGUUGAUGUAGAUUUGCUUUUCCAAGAAAAUUCAACGAUUGGACAAAAAAUUGCUUUAACAGAAAAGAUUGUCGCUGUCUUACCAAAGUUGAAGUGCCCCCAUAGGAUUGAACCACAUCAAAUACAAGGCUUGGAUUUUAUUCACAUUUUCCCUGUAGUGCAAUGGCUAGUUAAGAGAUCAAAUGAAUACAGGAUAGAAAUGGCAGGAAGAGUUAGACAAUAUGCAAUAAGUCAAUUCAAUAAAUCUUUUGCACCAGAGCAGAAAGAUGUAGAUACAAAAAAUAAUAUGCUAGAAAGCAUGAAGAUAGUAUCUGAGGUAUAUAGACCACACAGAUAUAGUAAAAGGAAAACUGCACCUCCAGCAGACAUAGAAUCUAGAGUACAGUUAACAUUGCUUGAGUAUGGACACAGAGGAGGACUUAGGUUAAUUGCACCCACUAGUGAUGAAAUUGAUCCAGAAGUAGUUAUGGAACAAGAAAAAAAUUACCAGAAGAAACUCCAGCAGCUGACAAACAGUUUGGUAGAUUUAAAAGAGGAUGCAAGUAGCUCUUAUGAUUUAAGUGAAGAGGAUAGAAAGAAAAUAUCCAAACAUUAUACUUCCUUACAGCUAGAACUGAAGGACGGUGGCGCGCUCUCUAAAGAAAUGUAUAGAUUAAAGACAUUGAAUGAUCAGAAGCAGUUACUAACUGAAAUGACUGGAAAACUCAAAACAAUGAAAACAGCUGUACAAGGAGAUAUUGAAGAAACUAGCACCAUGCUAGAAAGCAUAAGACUGAAAAAACAAGAGGCUGAUAAAAAGUUGAAAGAGUUGGAGGAAUUUGAACUAAAUGACCCAGAGGGCGUGAAAGAAAUUGAAGAAUUGGUAGCUUUAAGUGAAAGCUUGAAACUACAAGAAUCCCAGUUUAAGGAACAGUGUAAAAAGGAAUUAGUACAAUUACAAAAUCAAAUUGAGGAGACUCGAAAGGCGAAAGCAAAAACUCCAACAGAACUUAACUCGGAGAUUAUCAAGGAAUAUGAAGACGAGACUGAAAAAAUAAAAGUUGCACGAUUGCAAUUAGCGAAAAAGAACAGACAUGUAGCUGCAUUACAGAGACAGUUGGAUAAUGUGCCUAACAGAGCAGAACUUGCCCAGUAUCAGAAGCGGUUCCUAGAGUUGUAUAAUCAAGUGGCCGCAAAACACAAGGAAACAAAGCAGUAUUAUACACUGUAUAAUACUUUAGAGGAUACGCGGCAGUAUAUGCAGAGAGAGCUAUCACUUUUAAAUUCGAUAUCAGACAGCUAUCCAGAGGCCAUGUCAUCAUCUAGCGGCAAGGAGGAAUUCCUACUACAGUUCCAGAAUAUCGUCGAUAGCGUUAGGCAAUCUAAAAUGAAAGUAGAACACAGGCUGAACGAAGAAAAGAAAAAGAGGGAUGAACUCAGUAGUACUCUACAAGGAAAAAUGUUUCAAAGAAAAGUUGUAUUCGUAGGACCUUUAUCCAUUGGUCACUGUCUAAUGUACGUUAGUCGAAUCUAUCCGUCCUGGUUUCUCAAAAACCAGACAAUGUCAAGGGAAAAAAGAAAGGGAAAGAGAAGAGAAAGGAGAAAAGAAAAACAAGUUUACGAGGAAACACUUGGUACACGGAUUAAUUUUGAGGUUUAGUAGAGUUACAGCGAAAAUAUGUCGCUGCUGUACGGCAGUUGAGCUUAGAAUGUCAGAAACACGAAGUUCUGUUGGCCCAGAGAAAAAGCAAGUCUUGAAUAUAGUUCUUAUUCAGUCAAGUGAAACUUGCGUUAUACUCGUUCAAAAUGCUGUUUAUUUUUUCGCCGUCAUACAUUAUCAUUUCACUUCACCAACGAUAAUCGAUAAUAAAGUUCGCUUUGCAGCAUAUUUGGCUUUAAUACCUCAUAGGCAAAGCCAAACAAUUGUACAUCACAUUAAUAUUAGGUUUGUAUAUGUAUAGUUAGAAAACUAUAUCUAUUAGAGUUCCCUAUCUGCCAUUUUUUCCAAUUGCAUUUAUUUUAUGGUGCAAAAAAACGCCCUGAUAAUAUUUAUGAAAAUAAAGGCUGUGUAGAAACAAAUUGGAAAUAUUCACAAGAUGGUAACGCUUUUAUUACUUUUAUAAUCAUGCUCUUCUAUGUGAUCGUAAAAAUAGUGUAUAGGUGUUUUGUAUAUUCCGACAUAUGAUAAAGAGGAAUCAAUAAAAAUUUAUAAUUAUUUCACUA